AAAUAGACCCAAUUUUGAUUUUUUGUUUAAAAAAGGUGGAAAUUUUUUCAAAAAGUUUUAUUGAAAAAAAUGCUAUUAUAAUAUAUGAAAAAACUUAUUUUUUAAUGACAUUAGUUAAAUACAAUUAGAACACAAAUUUCUAGUGCAUUGCUUGCAUAUUGGUAAAUGACAUGUUUCACAAGUAGUAUUGGUUUUUCUGUCAUUUUUAGACGGACAGAUUGCACAUCUCUUUUUUUUAGAAGCUAAUCCUCUUUGUUGAGGUUCUGGACGUGUAAGAUUUGCAUUACCCAGUAAGCUCUCCAUUAUAACUUUUAAACUGCGAGGCAGUGUUUUACUUAACCUAUUUUGGAUGUGUGGCACGCAUAAAUCACGGCCUAAUUUUUUGAUGAACUCGGAUCUUGACAUACUUUUCUGAGCGAACUGAAAAACAACUCUACUAUUGACUCCUAUGUUCAGAAUGGCAUGAAAAAUAGUCAUCGACCAACGUCUUGUUCUACGGGAAGUGGAAGAAUUCGCACAUUUCUGAUCUAAAGAGUCUACUCCUCCUUUAGUUCUGUUGUAGAAUAAGAUUACUUCUGGUUUUUCAAUUUAAAUCAUCGUACUGUCAAUAAAAUAUCUCCAUCUCUCUAGAGAAGUAAAUGGUGGAUUCUGACGAACAUUUCCUUUCAAGGAAGGUAAAACUCGAAGUAAGUUUGGUGCUAAGGUUUUUCCUCUUUUUGGAGCUUCUUUUGACCAUUUCGUUUUAUCUUUCUUUCCAUACCAAUAAUUUCUCUGUUGAUCAGUUCUUUCUCCUUCAAUUUCAAGUAAUUCAACACAGUCGUCUUUCUGAUUCGAUACAAGUUCGUUAUCACUAGGCAUCCAGUCAUCCUCACUAUCUGUAUUGUAUUCACUUAACAGUUCCACAUCUUCUUCUUCCUUGUUACUUUCGUCAUCAUAUCCUAAAAGUUCUGUACAUGCCUGCAAUCUAUCUGUUGUCAGUGACUCUUCGCUGGAUUGAUAUUCAACCUGUGACUCAGCGUGGUUUUCUGAUUCCAUGUCUUCCCAGAAAUCAUCACUUUCCACUAUUUCUAACAGUUCUUGAUCAGAAAGUGGAACGUUUCUUUUGUGACUCAUUUUCUUGAAGUAAAAAAACUUGAUUAUACGAAAAUAACCGCGAAACAACCACAAAAAGAAUAUAAUAAUAGACUACACUUUUCAAAAUAAAAUAACGUUUUUGCUACCGUCGGGUCAAUCUGACCCAAUGCCGGCGAUCUAUUGUACUUCAGGUAGCUUAUUUUAUACUGCAACACUCAAACAUGCGUCCUCAUAGACAGUCAGGAGAAUACUAAAGAGCGCAUGAAUCAGUUACGAUGAGAAAUGCUUAGUUGCUAUGUUUUGAUAACUACACAGGGUCAGAAUGACCCAAUGGUAGUACUUAAGGGUUAAAUAAGAGGUGUUGACUCAGUAUUUACGCAAACGGCGUAGCUACUGCCAUCAUACAACUAUGUUUCAAACGUUUUUAUACGUAGAAAAAUGACAAACUAUUACAUAUAUAAAAUUUCUAGAAUUAGAAAAGUAACUGUAGCUCAAUUUACAAACAUUAUAAGUUUAUAGAGAAAAAAUUAAAUAAUAAAAGAGCAAUUUAGUAUCUUUUACAAUUAACUAAUAUAAAAUAGUGAUUUAAUUUAUUUUUAUACUAAAUUUCUUAACAUUAAAAUGAAAGUGUUCAUUAUAAAAUAAUUUUAUUUUAUAUAUUAUUCGUAUGAGAUUUUUAUACUAAGGUAAAAAGAAACAUCACAAUAUCAUUUAAGUUCAAAAUUAAACCGUGGAGUCAUUUUAGUAGCAUUAAUCGAUUAUCAAUUUAUUUGAAAUAUGGCCUAAUGAACUUAUGGAUCAAGUCCAAAAGCUGUAAAAAAGAAUCAUCAAAUGUCACUGUCAUUAAUCACAUUGUUUAUAUUUUGAUUUUUGUAUGUUAAAGUUUUUAUUAUUUGGUUCUUGUUGUAAGUAAAACAAUGUAAAGAUUCGAACAUGUUGGAAGGGUGGUAUAGUCGAUCUAUUGCCGAUGAGGCCGCAGCAGCCGAGGAGGAAGAGAGAGUUUUGGAAGAAUCAAAAUUUAAAAAAGAAUAUAAAUACCUAAAAAGAAAGUUCCAGAAUUUAAUUUUUGAAAAUGAAUCGUUUCAACAAGCGCUUAGGUUAGCUCAAAAACGUCUCCUUCUUGUGACAAGAGAUAGAACCUUCUUAUUAGACAGACUGCUUAUGCAUGAAAAAGUUGAGCAUAGCACCUCAGAAUCUGACGAUACUGAAUCAUCAGAUGAUGGAGAAAUUGCAAAACCAGAACCUUUAAAAAAAAGAAGAGAUGUUAGUUCUCACAGCUCUCAUACAAAUAUACAUCAUGCAAAUUCCGGUAAAGUGUUAUCAAUAGCAAAAAAGAAAAAGCCACCUGUACCUCGACCACCAAAACAACAAAUACCUCAGACAAUGCAGUUACAGAUGCCUCCAAGCAGUAGUGCCUUAUCUGAUGGUCACAUGACUCCAGAAGAAGUAGAACGUCAUCUUCAGGCACAAAGUUUUAUGGAAUUUCUACCAGAAAGGGCACCACCUACUGUUCCAACAGAAAUGUUUAGCAAUGAACCCUCAUUGGAUAGCGAGUCCAAUGAUGUUGGAGAGCUAGAAACUUCACCGAGCAAUAUUGGCGAAGAAAUUAGUAUUGAUAUGAUUGUAGAGUGAUAAUAAAAUGAGUAUUGGAAUUUGUAAUUGAGUUAUUUGUAUUAACAAUAAAUCUUUUCGAAACAGAA